ACUACAUGUCCCAAAAUGCACCGCGGCGGCUCUGUGGCGUCGGCUGGGAAUUACUGUCCUGAGCUCCCGCCCAGCCCGUGCUGUCACGUGACCCGCAUUCGCUUGAAACCCACGUGGGAAGGUGGAACGAAGGCUCUUCCGGGGCAGAAUGCUGCAAAGGAUAGUGGUGAGGGGGGCGCACAUCACCCCUUGCGGCUCGGAUGCCACGUCCUCUCUGUUUCUCGGAGCCUUCACCAAUCUCCGAGGAGUCACAUCCCCCUCAUCCCUAUUGUGGUGGAACAGACAGGUCGUGGUGAGCGAGCCUAUGACAUCUACUCUCGCCUUCUGAGGGAGCGCAUUGUCUGCGUGAUGGGUCCGAUUGAUGACAAUGUGGCCAGCUUAGUCAUUGCACAGCUGCUGUUUCUGCAGUCAGAAAGCAACAAGAAGCCCAUCCACAUGUAUAUUAACAGCCCAGGUGGCACAGUGACCUCUGGACUGGCCAUUUAUGACACCAUGCAGUACAUCUUGAACCCCAUUUGCACUUGGUGUGUGGGGCAGGCGGCCAGCAUGGGCUCUCUGCUGCUGGCUGCAGGUUCGCCAGGCAUGCGCCACUCCUUGCCAAAUUCUCGCAUCAUGAUCCACCAGCCCUCAGGGGGAGCACGGGGCCAAGCCACAGACAUUGCCAUCCAGGCAGAGGAAAUCCUCAAGCUGAAGAAACAGAUCAAUGGCAUUUAUGCCAAACACACUAAGCAGGCCAUAGAUGUGAUUGAGGCUGCCAUGGAGAGAGAUCGUUACAUGAGCCCAGUGGAAGCCCAGGACUUUGGCAUCUUGGACAAGGUGCUCGUCCACCCUCCACAUGAUGGAGAAGACGAACCAGAGCUAGUGCAGAAGGAAACUCCUCCUACAGCCCCACCAUCAUCAUCUUCCUCAGCUGAGCCCUGAGGGGGUCUGCAGCCUCUUCUGGAUCCCUGUCCCAUUGGAGAUUCUUCCGGCAGCACCAGUGGUUGCGAAGUGACAAUGGCAGACUGACUGAUCAGACGGUCUAGAUUUGCCUAAGGAGACUGAGUGGCAGCGGACUAUCUCUUAAGAAAGGUCCUGCCAGUAGUUGGCCAGCUGUGUUCUUAGGAGCUGGCCUCUUUCCCACUUACUCUGUAGGAUCUCAUUAUUAUCCUCUCUUUAGCUAAGUGUUUCUUUCCGCAGUUAUAUAGGAUUCUUUAGCAGAGUGAGGGAUUUGAAUUAAACAUUUACCUCUGUGAUGUGGA